AUGGUAAACGAUAUUGCAUUAGAGACGUGGACUAAAAAUGGAGAAACAACAGGUCUGCUUCUCCAUAGAAAAGAUAAGGAAACGAAACCGCUGCAUGACUAUAGAAGUCAACUUUUUGUUAUUUUCGUAAUAUUUUCAGUUCUAAUUAUCACGUUCUCGAUAUCAGUUGUUGAUUUUUGGUCAAACGAUGACCAAUACGUCCAGUCGCUGCACGCAAUCAUUAAAAGUAAAGAUCACUUCACUAUGAAAAACAGAGAGUAUUUCGACCAAUGUGCACCUAUUGUCUCGUGUGACUAUAGUGACAAAUACAGAACUAGCAAUGGGACGUGUAACAACCCAAACAAUCCAAUUUGGGGUUCUUCGAACACCCCAUUCAUCAGACUUGUCGACGCACACUACAGCGAUGGGAUCUCAAAAUUACGUGCAUCAUCUGAUGGGAAACCAUUGCCGAGUGCAAGAGAAAUUCAAUUAAAGCUGUUUUUGAAUAAGCAAAUAAGAAUCCCCGACAAAAAUAACCAGCUGCUAAUGCAAUGGGGCCAGUUUGUCGCUCACGAUGUUUCUAAUUUAGCAAUUGAUACAAAUGGGGAAGAUUGUUGUGCAUAUAAAAAUCAACAUUGGGUUUCAAGAGCGUGCGAAGCUACUAUCACAAUACCAAUAGACGAUCCUAUAUACUCAAAGUACAACACGACAUGCAUGAGAUUUACUCGAGCAAUGACAUCAAACAACUAUAGCUGUCCCUUACAACCAUUGACAUUUAUAGACGAUGCUUCACAUUUUAUUGAUGGAUCUCAAAUUUAUGGUUCUAAUGAUUACGUUGUAUCGACACUGAGAUCAUUUACAGGGGGGACGUUAAUUUCUGUCCUUGAUAACAGCCAGGAGUUUUGUCCACAUUCGUCCUUUGAGUCUUCCGAUACCAACAAAUAUUUGUACCGAUCCGGAGACUCGCGUGCAAAUUUGAACCUUGGUAUAGCACUUUUUCACAAUAUGUUUUUGAGAUUUCACAAUUUCGUAGCGUUUAAACUAAAAACUGGGAAUGCUAUGUGGUCUGAUGAAAAGUUAUACCAAGAAUCUCGCAGAUUCGUUGGUGCAAUUAUCCAACAUAUUACAUACACACAAUUUUUACCAAUAAUCUUAGGCAAAAACUAUACAAAUGACGAAGUGCUUGGGGGUAACAAUAAAUAUGAUCCUACUGUGAACCCAUCAACUUCGCAAGAGUUUUCAACCGGCGCAUUUCGUGUACUCCACAAUAUUAUACCAGCUCAACAUAGAUUUAUUGAUUCGAAUUCCACAACUGUGCAAGUAGUCAAUGUUACAGACUGGAUGAACUGCCCGUAUCUCUUACAACAAGGUUCAAACUAUGACCAUCUACUUCGAGGUUUAUUAAGUACAGAAGGACGCCUGAGUCAACCUUCAUACAAUUCUUUGAUUUCAAACUUAAUGUUUCAUUCAAACAAUUCGAUUGGCGUGGAUCUCCUAUCGUACGAUAUCCAAAGAGGGCGCGAUACCGGUCUCCCUCCGUACAAUAAAAUGAGACAGUUAUGUGGAUUGCCUGUUGCUAAGUCAUUUAGUGACUUGAUUGAUACUAUACCAACAGAUGACAUUUAUGAUUUGGAGACACUUUACUCCACCGUGGAUGACAUAGACUUCAUUGUAGGGGCUUUGUUAGAGACACCAGAGAACGAUGCUUUAGUUGGAAAUACCUCACGAUGUAUUAUUGGUGAUUUUUUCUAUAGAUCACGAGUAGGUGAUCGAUUUUUCUACGAUAACGAAGGGCAGUCUGGUCAAUUUUCCAAACAUCAACUUGAAGUACUCAAAUCUAUUAAUCUGGAUCACAUUAUAUGCGCUACUUCGUCCGUUGAUAACUUACAAAAAAAUAUUUUCACGAAAGUUGACGAUGGAUGGUAUUCUUCGAUGAAGUGGAGUUGUAGUCAAAAAUAUAUGAUAGAUUUUAAACCAUGGGAAGAAGAACUGUAUGAUUGA